CUUCACUCCUCAGACGAGUGUCUUCAUUUUUUUCUGUUCCUAGGUUCCGCGUCAAAACUCUUGAAUGUCUAUUUUCCUGGUCAGACACAAUUGUCUCUGCUUGCAACACCUGGAGCUUUGGCAGGUCUACUGCCCUAAAAUUCGAGAUGCUCAUCAACGAUGACGAAUUUGCGCCACACUCUAAAUUUAUAUAAUCCCUCGCAAGUUGGAUGAUGACGUCGGCUGCGUCAUCACACGCCAUGAAUCGUCGGGGGUAUAUAAGGGAGGAGUUGGCUUUUCGAUCCCCACCAUGUCUCUACCUCCCGCUCUCAAGGACGUCAGCGCGCACCCGAAGAAAGGCAGCGUCAUCGACCCUGUCGAUAAGGUCGCUAAGGAUGUCGACGUUGACAGAAAGAUCAAGCUAUACGGUACCAUUCAAGCAUUGCGACAAGCACGGCUACCAACGAACAAGCAACUCGAUUCAUGGCUCAAUUAUGCGCUCGACCACCCGCCUGUGGAGACUUCGACGCUAUCGAAGGAUGGUCAGAAGCUCGUCGCCGACAUUCAGGAGAUUUUCAGGACCCUGCGCAAUAUGAUAGAGGAGAAGAAUGGCGACGAGCUCAUACAGAACUGGAUUUGGCAGACAAGGGAAGUGGAAAUGUCGGACAUUAGUGCAGGGAACGUUCAAGGCGUUGACAAGGAGAAGGCUAAAGAGGACGUCGAUACAGCUACGCGCCAUGUGCGCACGCUCGUCAAUCUCGUCUUAACCAACUCCGAGUUCCGAAAGCUCAUCAAGGAUUUCAGCGUCGUAGGCCGAGAUCUCGCAGCUAAAGUCAUCGCUCCCAGCGCCAAGCAACUCGAAAAUGUCGAUGAGAGCGCACCUGAGGGCCACUUUGUUCCCGACGAGGAGAGGCUGGAAACUCGGCUUCCCGGCGUGAGCGGCCAGUCUGACAUCGUUGAUCCUGGGGAAGUCCAGAGGUCUGUCGACGCUGAGACCAAUGCAAGCGAUGAAGAAGACAAAAAGGUUUCAGGUAUUAUGGGCAAAGUAAAGAAUGGUCUUUCGAACGCCAUUCCUCAGCAGUACAAGGAUCGCACGAACGAGAAGGUAUCGAACGGCAAGCAGUUUUUGAGCGAGGAAUAUUUCCCCAAGGAGAGAAGGGAGCAGUGGAUCUGGAGGGCCAAGAAGGUCGUAGUCGAGUGUCAGAAACAUCAAGAUUAUCAAGAAUCUUUAGGAUGGUUGCUGGACCGCGUUGAGGAGUAUGCAAGCCACGGACGAAACAUCGUAAACGGUGCCCAGAGUGAAGCAGGAGGGGCCUUGAAGAACACUCAGCUUCAAUCAACACUCAGUCAACUGCGUACGAUUCUGGAGCGCUUCGCCAACGGCCUGUCGAUGGAUCUCAUCAUUGACCCUUUCUACGCACUUGCCGACGAUGCUCAUCGCGAUCCAGAAUUACGUGCGUGGUUUAAAGAAGGUACACAGUGGUUGCGGAGUGUCCUCCUUAAGCCCGGAUACAUUCUCGAACGUCAGGCCGGCUUUGACGGACGCAAAUGGACUGACCGGGGCAAGGUCUUCUAUGGUACAGAUGGGAAGUAUACGGAGCACUUUGACAGGCUUUUCAAUGGCACCGGCAGUUGGCUGAAUGGUAUUGGAGACGAUCACACCAACAGGAAAUUUGCCGGUGGAUGGACUCGACUCAUGAAGGAUCUUCUCUUUGCCGAGGAUGGUUCAUUAACAUUCAAAAGUGAACUUUGGAGCGACGUUCGCAGGACAGUUCUACCGAUGCUGGUUAAGAAGGUUGGUUAUAUCCCCAUUCCGAGAAUCGAAUACAUGGACGAUUCUGUUAAUAUUGUCGUGGAGAACCUUACCCUUAGCGGUCGCAAUCUGUUCCCCAACAUCGUAUCUAUCGAGGCGCACAACUAUAUGACGUUCUCACCGUACAGUGUCAUCCAAGAAGGUACCGAGGAAAGCCGGCAUGAGAUUAAGUUCACGCUUGCUCAGAUACAGGCAGACCUACGAGACGUAGCCAUCUACUUCCAUAAGAAAAAUGGGAUACCCAAGGGGAAAGAUUCAGGGCUUGCAGAUAUUGUCUUAGGCGGACAAGGACUAACUGCUACUGUUCACCUCACGUCCUCAUCCAAAUCCGACCCAACAUCGGUCUUUACCAUCAAGAAAGUUAAUGUCAAGGUGGAUUCGCUCAAAUUUUCUCUACGCGAUUUCAAGCACGACUUCUUGUACCGGAUGAUUAAACCUAUUGUCCUUCCUAUAGUCAAGAAGGAGAUUGAGAAGGUGGUAGGGGAUGCAAUACGGACCGGUCUUGAGUACGUCGAUGGAGUGUUGGUCAAUGUUAGACAGGAGCAGGAAGCGGAUGGCAAAGGAAAGAUGGACGCGAUUCAAGAGGUUUUCAAGAAGAAGAAGGACGAGGUCAGAUCGAUGGCUAGUACGUCUACGUCUACGUCACAAUUCAAGGUUGUGGCGAACAAACGAGAUUCCAUGCUGGCGUCCGAGGGCGACCCUGCUGGAUGGGUAAACAAGGCGGCAGAACGCGAAAAGUUGGUGAUUCAGGGUGAAGGAUGGCGGAGCGACGCGUUUGAUAUUGUCCCCGUUCAUUGAUUGCCUUCGUCCGUGUUUUUUUUUGUCAUAGGCGUAUUUCUUUUCUAGUAACGAACGUGUUCUUGUAUUUUUUUUUCGUACUUGUUUUAAUGUACAUAAGCACGUUAUCAUUUUACGUCGUUGGUUUCGUGGAUUUUAUUCUAAUAUGGAGGAAAGGGACUGUAAGGGAAAGAAACGUGCAGGGG